GAGGAGGAGGAGGAGAGGAAUGGGGCUGUGAGGACUGGAUGAACGCAGUCUCCGCUCGGCUUCAGUUCUCUCUCCUCCACCGGACCAUGCAGAGGGUGCAGCAGUCCAGGCUGAGGAUGCGGUGCUGAUGCUGAUGCUGGUUGCGUCUUGAGCAUCAUCACCCCGACGGCCAGAGAGAGAGACACGGAUCGAUCUCCGGGAGCCAGGGAACGCAAGCAGAGAGGAUUCGCGCAGGAUGGAGUUCAAGCAGCUGGUGGAGGCGGCGGAGAAGUGGUGCACCGGGAACCCGUUCGACCUCAUUUUCGCCGAGGAAAACGACGAGAGGAGGCUGGACUUUUACGCGGAGCCCGGGGUCUCUUUCUAUGUGCUGUGUCCCGGAGAGACCGACAGCUUUCACGUGUGGAGCGAAAGCGAGGACUGCCUCCCCUUUCUGCAGCUGGCCCAGGACUACAUUUCCUCUUGCGGGAAGAAGACUCUGCUGGAGGUGUUGGAAAAGGUCUUCACGUCCUUCAGGCCUCUUCUAGGUCUUCCAGACAUCGAUGAUGACAGUUUUGAGCCCUACCACGCCGACAUGGAGGGGGAACCUGGGCCCGACCACCAACAGAUGGGAGUCAGCCAGCAGUGAUA